AUGGCUCAACGUAUCGCUAUUAUUGCUGCAGAUGAUAUCGGAAUCCACGACGAUGACUCUGCAAUUGGCGAGAAUAUCGCCUCAUCAACAACCAGCUUGACCGACUCCAUCCUCGACUACAGAAAAGAGAAUGGGAGAACGUACCACCGCUUUAGGGAGGGGAAAUACCAUUAUCCCAAUGACGACCGCGAGAACCAAAGGCUCGACCUGCAGCAUCACCUUUUCCUUCGUACCUUUGACGGCGCCCUUGGUCUCGCUCCUCCUGCAGUGAGAGGCGCCAAGCCCGGCCGAGUGCUCGACCUCGGCACGGGCACAGGAAUCUGGGCCGUGGAUUACGGAGAAGAAAAUCCAGAGGCAGAGGUCAUUGGAGUUGACUUAUCACCUAUUCAACCAGAUUUUGUGCCCCCUAAUGUCGAGUUCCAAAUCGACGAUGUCGAGGACGACUGGACGUACACAAAGCCGUUCGACUAUAUUCACAGCCGCAUGAUGACAUCUAGCAUCGCCAAUUGGCCAAAGUACAUCGAGAGAUGCUUCCAAGCCCUCAAACCAGGCGGCUACCUCGAGCUCCAAGAGGGCGCCCUGUACCCCAAUAGCGACGACGGCACCCUAAAGCCCGACAGCGCCAUGUGGAAAGCAAUCGCGCUCCUCGACGAAGCAACGACCAAGUUCGGGCGCCCUUUCCAGCCGGUCGAGCGGCUGACACCGAUGAUGGAAGCGGCCGGAUUUGAGGGGUUGGUCGAGGCGCGGUUCGCCUGGCCGUCGAACCCGUGGCCGCGCGACCGGGCGCUCAAGGAGCUCGGCGCCUGGAACCACGAGAACAUGACCAGCGGCCUGUCCGGGUUCUUCAUGGCGCCGCUGACGCGCGCCGAGGGCUGGAGGACUGAGGAGGUCGAGGCUACUAUGGUGGGGGUGCGGAGGGACUUUGCGGAUAGGGGGAUCCAUGCUUAUUGGCCUAUGUGA